AUGGCCUAUGAGACAGAGGAUCAUGAGACUCAAUACUGCUUUCCUGCCAUCAACUCAUCGUGUAUCAAGGGAAAACGCUCCAAUCAUGAAUACAAUAUCAUGUAUGUGUUUUUUUCAUUGCUGUCAGCAUGGACUGUGUUUCUGAACCUGCUGGUGAUCAUCUCCAUCUCGCACUUCAAGAAGCUUCACACUCCAACCAACCUGAUCAUUCUCUCUCUGGCUGUGGCCGACCUGCUUGUCGGAUUUAUUGUUAUGCCUGUGGAUGCCAUCAAGCUGAUUGAGACGUGUUGGUACUUUGGAGACACUUUGUGUGGACUGUUCACUAUAACCCUCGGUCUAAUUAUCUCAGUAUCUCUCAGUAAUUUAGUUUUAAUUGCUGUUGAUCGUUAUGUGGCUGUGUGUCACCCUUUACAGUACCCACAGAAAAUAACCACAACUACAACGUUAUUGAGCAUCUGUCUGAGCUGGGUUUUCGCCUUGAGUAUCAAUAUGGCCUUUGUAAUUAGUAGCAGAUAUUUUGACACUUCACAAAGAGCAAACUUGUGCUAUGGAGAAUGCUUUUUUAUAAUUAAUUUGUCGUGGAGGGUCACUGAUCUGUUCAUUUCUUUCAUUUUUCCUUGCACCAUGAUCAUAACUUUAUAUUUGAGGAUUUUUUAUGUAGUACAUCAGCAAGUGAAAGUUAUAAACUCUCUGAUGAAGGGUGGUAAAUGUGUAAAGGAAGGUUCAGUGAGGAGGAAAUCUGAGAGUAAAGCUGCUCUGACAUUAGGAAUCAUUGUGACAGUUUAUCUUAUUUGUUGGAUUCCAUACUAUGUCUUGUCUUUAACAAAGACUACAAUAAUCUCUUCUGCCACAAUGACAUUUCUAUUAUGGACUUUGUAUGCUAACUCAGGACUGAAUCCUCUUAUCUAUGCUUUAUUUUACAGCUGGUUUAAAAUAUCAGUUAAACACAUCUUAACUUUUAGAAUAUUUCAGCCAGCAUCCUCUCUUGUAGACAUUUUUACAAAUAAUUCAUAA